GUUAUCCGUUGACUUGACUUCUCCCUCUCGUCCCUUCAAAGUCACUACGCCGAGUCGCCCGAGCUCCGGCAGGCCACUGGCAGGACACUCCGCCGUCCACUACUCGCUGGCGUCUCCGCCCCUUCUCCUCGGUGACUGGCUGGUGGCGCCUGUGCUUUGCUGCAUGGGAGUUGUAUUUCUCUAAUAAUCCGCUAGCCCCUCUGGCCGUACUGCCCGGCGGGGAUGAUGACUACAUGUCCCAGAGUGCCCGGGGGCCUUGCUCCGGGGCUCACAAGAGGGCUGGAACCUGGCGAGUGGGACAGCAGCAGCCACCCCGGCAAUCAGUAGCUGUCUUGGCCGAGCGGGUGACACUGCGCUCUCUGCCUUAUAAGGGGUGGAUCCGAUGUGAGGCUCGAGUGGCUGGAUUCUUUGCAAGCUCCGUAUCUAUUCUGGCGACAUUUGGCAGAGCAUGAAGCGGCGUAGGGUCGCCGUGGCCGCUGGCUUCUGCUUUUCUCUUUUCGUGGGCACUCUGGUGAAUUUACUCUUCGUCCCCGGAUUCGAGCAUCACCAGCAAGGACGCAGCCAGCGGCACAUCUCCCCAUCCGCGGCGACCGAGCUGCCAGUCUCCAAUCCGCGUGUGGAAUUGCACAGCCAAAUCCAGGAGCGCUACUACGAGGUUGUCCGGUACCAGCGUCACCGGGCGAACCCGACCCGCCUGCUGGAAGGGCGACGGCUGAUGGACCUGGCUCUGAGAAGCCCUGCAACGGACAGGUUGACGAUUCGGGAACAUGCUAGGGAGAUGACCACGCCGCUGGGAUGCAGGGACCUGGACAAGGUCACCAGCCUUCAGUACCUGGGCUCUGGCUACACCAAAGCCGUCUACAAAGCAUCUCUCAACGCGACGUUCUCUGUGGCUUUAAAGUCCGUAGACUUUGGGGGCCACGAUAUGGACAGCUGUGUGAGGAAGUACGCGUCUCCUAAAGACUGCUACAGACUGGCAUCCUACAAGAUCGUCAAGGAAAUGAUCCUCCUGCAGCGGCUGAAGCACCCUAACAUACUCAAGCUCUAUGGAUAUUGUUACCAGGAUAACAGUGACAUCAAGGACACCCUGACCACCAUAACUGAACUGGGAGCACCUCUGGAAAUGAUCCAGCUGCUGCAGACAUCUUGGGAGGAGCGCUUCAGGAUCUGUCUCAGCCUGGUCCGACUCCUGCAAUACCUGGCCCACUCCCCAUUGGGUUCGAUCGCCCUGCUGGAUUUCCGCCCACGGCAGUUUGUAGUUGUGGAUGGGGAGCUGAAGGUGACAGAUCUCGAUGAUGCCAGCGUAGAUGAGACCCUGUGUUCCUCAAGCGCAGAUUGUUUCAUGGAGUUCCCUGCACGAAACUUCACCCUGAACUGUUCCAGACAAGGCUACUGCCAGGGCAUGAAUGAGAAGAGGAACUUGUACAACGCUUACAGGUUCUUCUUUACGUACCUCUUGCCUCACAGUGCCCCUGCAUCCCUGAGACCGCUGCUGGACGAAAUCGUCAAUUCCACAGGAGAGUUGCGAUGGGGGAUUGACCAGACGCUUGCCCAGUUAGAGAAGGUCCUGACUUUGUACCAGAGUGGCCAGUAUCUGCGCAAUUCGACUCCUGAUGUGUCCCACUCAGAUUUCUUGCCAGUGACUGGUUCUGCCAUCGUUGGAGAGAAUUACCGCUGCUGGCCCUCCUACCACCACGAAGGUUGCCUUUUGUCUGUCUUUAAUGUUGGUGAAGCCAUUGCCAUCUGUGAGAGUCACCGCCAGUGUCGUGCAUUUGUGCUCACCAACCAGACCACGUGGACAGGUCGCCAGCUGGUCUUCUUCAAGUCGGGCUCGGCAAAACUGGCACCCGAUGCCAGUAAAGUGACAUUUCUCCGAGUGAAGUGAUUACCGCUCAACACCUACAGUGGCUGUGGGCCAUUUGUAAGGCGGCCUAGUACCGUCCUCCAUUAGAAGGAGCUGCGAUUGAUGGCAAUCUGUGGGGUCCAAGUGGGGCAAAUCAUCUUCUGCAGCCCCUGCUUUAAAGUAUUGGUACCCUGGAAGAGACAUUUUCACCCAGGAAUUGCUGCAGAGAUGUUUAUGCUGAACACAAAGCUCCUGAUUAGACAACUGCACUAAACUAAAAGCUGCCUUGGAUACCCGGACUGGACACAAUGGGUCAGACUGGGCAAAAGCACACUGACCACAAAUCAGACACCUGGAAUGGGCAGACCCUGAAAUUCUGGGAAAGAAGGACACAGAGAUGAAAAGGAAGAACGGCACACACCAUGGUGCCAGUCAAAAAACACACGCACACUGACCAUGAAGGUGUCUGAGCAGAGGAUGAAGCCACCAUGUUCUCAAAAACAUUGACUGGGAUAACAGGGUUAGUGAGAAACAUGUGGGACUUGAAGGUACCUUCAGGGUAGAAGCACAUACUGACCAGGGUAGGACUUGACGGGUUCAAACUGACCAGGACUGACCUCAAAGCAGUGGAUAGAUCAAAGCAAAUUGACCAUGACAAUCUGGAUGGCUGUCCCGGAGAAGACACCUUCCAUCCUCGGAUGCUUGCACUGGACCGGACGUGGCACAGAGUGUCCAGCUGCCUCUCUAUCUGCCAUGGCAGUUGCAGUGAAUGGUUUGCUUUCAGUGAAAGCUGUAAGGUUCAUGAAUGACCUCAACGUUACCCCAUGUGGACUUUUCUCAAACCGCUCUUUGUAAAAAGAUGAGAUUCCGUUUAUUUUUCUAUGAAUAUUAAAGAGCGUCACAUUGA